GGCCUCCCGGCUCCUAGCAAUCGCGAUUUAAAAGAUCGUCCACGCGUCAUUCGGCAAAGCAACCAUCUUUCUUAGCCUGAAAAUCCUGCUCCUGCAAAACCACCUUCACUAGUACCACAGUUCACUUACUAAGCAUCGAGCAAUCACCGGCGAAAAAGAGCUCACCAGUGAGCAUGGGAAUCGACGGUCAAAAACCCCUCCUUCCUCUACUGCUCCUAGUUAUCGCCACCGUCGCCGUCUUUCCAGCAUCUUCGCGAUCUCCGCCGUCACAGCCGGCAGCAACACUUCCAUCCUUCCGACGCGCCCCACUGUUUCCCGGUAAACGCUCACACCCAAUCAAAGUCCAACAGCGGCAGCAGUACAAUUACCAGACUCGAUACUUUCUCCAGGACCUCGAUCACUUCAGCUUCGCCGAUCUUCCCAAGUUUCGACAACGAUACCUCAUAAACACAGAGCACUGGAUUGGUCCUGAACGGCGGGGGCCGAUUUUCCUCUACUGUGGAAAUGAAGGUGACAUCGAGUGGUUCGCCGUCAACACCGGCUUUGUAUGGGAGAUUGCUCCGAGGUUUGGCGCCAUGAUCCUUUUCCCCGAGCAUCGUUACUACGGGGAAUCGAUGCCGUACGGGAGCCAGGAAGAGGCUUAUAAGAACGCUACAACAUUGGCGUAUCUAACUGCAGAGCAAGCAGUUGCUGAUUACGCAGUGUUGAUCACGGAUUUGAAGAGGAAUUUAUCCGCCGAGAAUUGCCCGGUUGUGCUGUUUGGUGGAUCUUAUGGUGGAAGUAAUGUGGCUUGAUCAUUCCUAUUUUCACAGCAUAAAGCUACAGGAUGUUAGCAGCGUGGAUGAGGCUCAAGUAUCCACACCUUACAGUUGGUGCACUGGCUUCUUCAGCUCCGAUUCUUCAAUUCGAAAACAUCGUGCCACCGGACACGUUUUACAACAUCGUUUCGAAUGAUUUCAAGCGUGAAAGCACCAGCUGCUUUGAUACCAUAAAGAAGUCAUGGGGUGAAGUAGAGGCCGAGGGACGGAAAGACAAUGGCCUUUCACUAUUGACCAAAACUUUCCACUUCUGUCGGGAGUUGAAAAGUACUGGAGAUCUCAUUGACUGGUUGGAAUCUGCUUAUAGCUAUUUGGCAAUGGUGGAUUACCCUUAUCCAUCUUCCUUUAUGAUGCCUCUGCCUGGCCACCCAAUUAGAGAGGUCUGCAGGAAAAUUGAUGACAGUCCUGAAGGGAGUAGUGUAUUGGAGCGCAUUUUUGCUGGUGUAAGCAUCUAUUAUAAUUACACUGGUACAGCUAGCUGCUUUGAACUUGAUGAUGAUCCACACGGUUUGGAUGGUUGGAAUUGGCAGGCAUGCACUGAGAUGGUUAUGCCAAUGUCCAGUGACAAGGAAACAAGCAUGUUUCCUCCGUAUGAUUUUCAUUACUCUGAUUACGAACAGGACUGCUGGAGAACUUUCAGUGUUCUGCCAAGGCCUAGAUGGGUGACAACAGAAUUUGGUGGACAUGAUAUCCGCACUGCCCUGAGAACAUUUGGAAGCAACAUGAUAUUCUCUAAUGGUCUGCUGGAUCCAUGGAGUGGUGGCAGUGUCUUGCAGAAUGUAUCCGACACAAUUACUGCCCUUGUUACGGAAGAAGGUGCGCACCACAUCGAUUUGCGGCCUUCGACCCCAGGGGAUCCUGACUGGUUGAUCCAACAGAGAGCAACUGAGAUCAAGCUUAUCCGAGGUUGGAUAGAUGACUACUCCAGGGCAAAGCACCAGAAAUCAACCUUCAACAUGUAGGCUUCUGUCCAGAGCAUCACUUAUUGACAGAAAUCAUUGUAGAGGCUUCUUGACAGCGGGACAGAAGAAACCAGCUACAACUUUCACUUGUAAAUAGCCUCAAUAUGCUCUCAUUUUUCCCCUUUUCUGAAAAAUUAAGAGCUUCCCACUGGAAAUAAGAGUUCAUGUGAGAGUAAUCAAAUUAUGUCCUGGCACAACUUUGAUUUCCCUAGUCAAUCAUUUAAUCCUCGCGACAGCAACUGUUGGUGCAUUCUGGGGUAAAAAUGCAAAUGGUGCAAGUGAACUCUUGCAGUUAUCUGGUUAAUAUAUCACUUGACCAGUUUUGUUGGAGCGAGUAUUAUUUAGCCAACUCAGCUGAUUGAUGCGCAUCAAUGAAGCCCAUUGUGAUGGUAAAACCAAGGGCAAAGCCCAUUGUGGUGGAUUUAUUUAGGCUCCAACAAGGGUGGAUAGUAGGGAAUGGGGUAGGGUGGCUAUUUAUUUUUUUAGUAAUUGUAGACACUUUUUUUUGGGUAAAUGCCACAUUUGGUCACUGAUUUUAUUAAAUUAUGUCAUG